AUGGGUCAAGAGAAUAGCUCACUGCACUCAAGAUUGCAGAUUAGGGGUGCUGUUAACAUCAGCAGCAUUUUCUACGAAGAGGCAAAUCCAUCUUGGGCGAAAAUAGAAUCUCUACACGAAGGCAGUGGCGGCAAUAAAAACCUAUCACAGACUGCAGUGCCAAAAUCGGUGGUAGUCUUCCCAAUGCAUCACCACAUAGGGGCUGAGCUUUCCAGAAUUGCGGAAAUUUCCGGGUCAAAUCAGCGAUACCUUCAGUGCAUAUUCAACUCAACAAAUGGGAAAAGCUCUUCUGUUUACUUGUUCACCACAGCUGUCUACAAAGUUUAUUCAUCCAAUCUGGCUAGCUUAUCAGUCUACGCUCGCCAGCCAAUUAUAUUUAUCUAUGAGUAUUCCACUGUAAAAGUACCCAAUAAAAUGGAAAGCUGGAUAAGGAGACGCCUAACGGCCCAAAACGUUCUGCGAUUACAAGUCGUCUUUUUGCAUUUCCCAUUGCUUCAGUGGUCAGUGAAAUCUUUGAUGAAGUUGCUCGCUCGGAUCAUGCUGCUCAAGUCCGCUGGUUUCAUGACAGAUCUGGAUUCGGAACGCCUAGUGAAGGAGAUAUGGAUUCACGAACAUGACCUAUGA